GGCCGAGGCCAGGGGUGACCCGCGCGGGGCGCGUCCCUGGGUGCCGCCUCUGGUAGCUCACUUCCAGGCCUCCUCCCCGGUGGCGAGCGGAGUGGGAUGGUGUCCCAGGAAACCCUGGAGUCUGCCCAGUGCCCAUGCCCUCCCCCGGCUGGCCUGAACGCCAAGGGUGUGCCUCGGAGGAAGCACAAGCGGAAGAGCCGCCAGCACCAGCGGUUCCUGGCCCACAAGGCCUUGCUGCAGGAGCAGGGGCUGCUGAGCUCACCCUCAGCGCCAGGGCCUGGGCCCGGGCCGUCAGCGAUGCCCCCCAGGGUGGAGUCCGGCGGGGCCCCGGGCAGCAGAAAGCCUGCCUGCAAGGAAGCCGCGGGGCCCUGGCCGAGCAAGUGUGUGGCCAUCGACUGCGAGAUGGUGGGCACAGGGCCGCGAGGGCGGGUGAGCGAGCUGGCCCGCUGCUCCGUGGUCAGUUACCACGGCGACGUCCUCUAUGACAAGUAUGUGCGGCCGGAGAUGCCCAUCGUGGACUACCGCACCCGCUGGAGCGGCAUCGCCCGGCAGCACAUGCGCCAGGCCAUCCCCUUCCAGGUGGCCCAGAAGGAGAUCCUGAAGCUGCUGAAGGGCAAGGUGGUGGUGGGCCACGCGCUGCAUAACGACUUCCAGGCGCUCAAGUACGUGCACCCUCGGAGCCACACCCGGGACACCACCCACGUCCCCGCCCUCCUCGGCCAGCCUGGGGCCCCCACACGCACCCGCGUGUCUCUGAAGGACCUCGCCCUGCAGCUGCUCCACAAGAAGAUCCAGGUGGGCCACCACGGCCACUCGUCUGUGGAGGACGCGGCGACGGCCAUGGAGCUGUACCGGCUGGUGGAGGCGCGGUGGGAGCAGCAGGCCAGCAGCCUCUGUGCCUGCCCCGACGCCAGAGAGCCGGACAGCAGCCUCGACUUGGAGCAGUACAUGGAGGACCGGUACUGGCCGGAGGACCUGGCCCAGACCCCCGGCGGGGGCCGGGGGCCACACGGGACAGAAGGGAGUGAGUGCGGGAGUCCAUAGGGAGUUGCGCAGGGCAGGCUGUGGGCCCCGAGGUCCCAGGAGCUGGGGUCUCCUGGCCUCCGCCCCCUGGCCUCCGGCGGGGCUGCUGUCUCCCCCGGGGUGCACCGCCCCAGUGAGCCAUCUGGGGAGACCGCUCCUCCCUCCCAGGGCGGGCGUGUCUGCGCCCUGAGCUCCCGUGGCUGGCCCUGCCUCUUCGUCCAGGGUCAUCUUGGUUCUGCCUAAAUGUGCCCUGAAGCUAGAGCGGAGCCGCCCUCAGGGAGACCUGUCCCUCCCAGCUGGAGCCCUGGUGCCGGCCGCUGUAGGACCCGGUUCCGGGCUGGACGGGCAGCAGAGCCCGGCCGCCAGGUUCCGCUGUGGAGGACGGAGCGCAGGUCAGCUCUGGGUGGACGCUGCGGCCUGUUUAUUUGGAUCUAAAUCGCACCCCCCUCCUGCCCCAACGCUGGCUCCUCUAGGCCCAGCCAGCUCUGGGGCUGUGGGCUUGCUCCGAUGACCUUGCUGUGUUUAUCAAGAGCCAGGCGUCCAGUCCACGGGGCCUCUGCGGUCCUCGGGCGGGGUUGGGUGACAGCUCUGCCCUGGGCCCACACUUGGGCUGGUGCUUCUCAGGGCAUUUUGAUCAUCCCUCUGGUUAUUGAUUUCCUCCAAAUUUCAAAAAACAUUCUGUCGGGAUCCCAAGGGUCAUUUUGGGGCACCGAGAAAGCCAGCCGCUCCGGUCACACCGACCUCUGUGCUCGCCUCUGCGGCUUCAGGGCCAACUCGCCCGGCGCCCGCCGUGGCCGGUGCCCGCCCUCCGAGUGGGGGCAGCGCAUGGCCGCCUGCACUGUCGGGAACCGUGACCCACCCAGAAAUGUCCCUGCUGGGUCCCCCCAGCAGCCAGGCCCAUCGGGGAGGCUGCAGAGGGGUCUGUCUCCCCUUGUCCUGCGCCCAGGAGCCUGGGAGGGGACCCCGCUGGGGCUUCUGCCACAGGUAGCGCUGUCGCGGCCCCCCCACCCCCACCCCAGGCAGGCGCCGGCUGAGAGUCCCUGGCCGGCAGCUGGCCCCAUCCAGGACUUUGUUCUGGAUUCCAGAAAAGUCGGCUACUGAGCCAGACCCACAGCAGAGCAGUAGCUCUGCUCUGGUGUGUGGGUGAAGGGAGGAGGAGCUGUUCCCAGCGGGAGCGUCCUGGGCUUAACCCGGCUUUGCUGCAAAACCACUUGUUCUGGAAUAAAGCGCGACUGGAU